GGCGUGUGCAUCGCCCGGACGGUCCCGUCGCUUCGUGACACCAGGGGGCGAUGGCGAAUGCUUGUAGUCAGGACGCGCUCGCGCUCCGUCCGAAACCCAACGACAAGGGCAUGAUAGUAACGAGAUGAGAUUGGGAGGAUCCCGCAAAGGCUAAAGAGCGCCGUUCGCCGGAGCUAGAGCCGCACCUCGUUGCACGGUCGACCUGGGCUUCACCGCUCGAUGACGGAAUGCAGCGCGCGCCCGUACGUACGUCGGAGGGGCAACAGGCAAGCAGCCUGCCACCCACCACACGAGCACCCAAGGACGCGCGCGGGCGGAUCGCAACACGCGUCGCAAUUAACCCGUACCCGGGAACUGCGCGCUCUCCAGCAGAAGCGGGCCACUUAGCCUCGCUGAUAGAUGAGCACCCCCGCGCGGAUCCACCCUUCCCGUCUCCCCC